GAGAGGCGUGAGUGAGGAGGAAGCAGGCAAAGCUGACAAACGCAACUCAAGGGUCCAAAGAGAUCAGCUGGGACAGAAAGGAUGCCGCUGGUCACUAACAGCUAACAUUUGUUUUUAAAAUACACCCACUUGAUCGCAGUUUGUGGCAUUAGAGGAUUCAGGCAGUUCACACACACACACACACACACACACACCGCGGUUCAAUCGGAACUGACUCCCUGCUUUGGACUUUCAAGUUGGGCGUCCGUGCGGCUCGGCUGUGGAAGGUGACGAGGCUGGAUAGCCAUGGACCCGCCGCUGCUGCCCGCAGAGACUGAGCGAGUGAUGGAGGGAGAGGACGACAAGGACGCGAGGAGGAAGAUCCAGUUCUCCGUGCCUUCCUCCGUGCCCACCCAGCUGGACCCGCGACAGGUGGAGAUGAUUCGACGUCGGAGGCCAACACCAGCUACGCUCUUCAGACUGACAGAUCCACCUUCACCAGACGAAGACAGCGGGCCACAUCAGUGGGUUCUGGGGGAAAAUGGAGCCUUGAAAGCCAAACUGGUUCAUGCAUCAACCUACCAGCCCCCCUCACUUAAAGCUGUCCAAAGGAUGGCCCAGGCCCAUCUGGCCUCCCUGGACAUGACCUCUAUGGACAAAGAGGAUUCCUCCUCUGGGGAGGAAGACGAGCAAGGUGAGAAGAAGAGUCUGCAAACAGAUUCAGCUACAGAUCUAAGAGGAGAGAUCAAACCACUCAGGGAUCAAUGUACUCGGUCAGACAUUUCAACGGUACAUGCUGAUCUCAGCCAUCACCACGGAGAUGAAGAAGAGGCCAAAGAAAGAGAGGAGGGAAAAGGAGAAUGACAAUAGAAGACUGCUCUGAUGGAGACAGAGUGUUAGUGAGGAAUCGACUUGCAUAGCACAUGUGUGGGCCAUGGGUGUGCAUGCAUGGGCGUAUGUAUGUAUGAGUGUGUGUUAUAUGGGUCUGUGAGCGUGUUCAUGCAUGCAGUGAAAAAGUUGAAUGUGGAAAAGAAA